AUGUCCUCGGAGUAUUCGUUCUGCAGUGAAGGGGGCUUCGACGAGCUCUCGAGCUCUUCUGAUUCCGGUUUCGACGUGAGCUUCGAGUCUCCUAAACACGAAGUACAAUCGGACUGUCUGUUCCCAGCAGUGAAAGAGGAAAAGCGGAAGAGGACACGGAACACCCGGUGCAAGAGUCCUACGCAGGUGCUCAGACUGAAAAGGAGCCGACGGAUAAAGGCGAACGACCGUGAGCGUCACAGGAUGCACACUCUGAACGACGCGUUGGAGCGUCUGCGGAUGGCCCUGCCUACGUUUCCGGAGGACACGAAGCUGACGAAAAUCGAGACGCUCAGGUUCGCCCAUAACUACAUCUGGGCGUUGUCGCAGACGCUUGGGAAUACGGAGACCGGCGAGAUAACAGUGAACGUCGGCAACGUGACCGUGAGCAUCAGUGAGAACGGGAACAUGAUCACAUCGUCGACCGGAAGCUGUGCGGUGGCCGCACAGAAACGUCUCGGCCCGCCGCAUCACCCACCGUUCCCUUAUCCCCAGGAGAGACUCGUGCCUGACUGGCAGGAAUACGAUUGUUACAGUGACCAGAGCGUCAGUCCUCCUAUGCAGUAUCAAGGCUGCUACGAUCAGAGGAUGUAUCAACAGUUGCCAGCUACUCAUCAUCACAUGGGACAUAAUAUGUAUCAGUGUCUUUAA